CAGCGUACUUAAAAAAAUAACUAAUUUGAAUAAGCCUUAAAAUUAAAAAUCGUUAAUCAGACACCGCGUGAGUGUGUGUGUGUGUGUGAGCACGACAUCAUGCAUAUUUUGGUUGCGAAAAGUUUCGGCUUAACGCUUACCUCCGUGCUCGCCACGUUACCUCACCAUUACGCAGUACAUUGUACUGCUACAAUAAUCGAAUUCGCAAGUAGCGUCCUUUGUGCAAGAAUUCUGAAACCGAAACGGAAGUAACCACAUAUCAUCGUCAGUGUUUGAGCUUUAUCGCAGAAUUAUGUAGUGCUUUACGUGUUGCGGUUGCCCAAGGGAUGCGGAGAAAGGUUUUCAGUACGAUAAGCCCAGCACAGAAUGGCUGUUGCCAUUUAUCCAUGUGUCCCACUCUUCGUCUUCUCCAGCGGCCGCCUCCGGUAUAUGAUAUACAAAAUUUUGAAUCAAGUCAAAGAAACCAUGCACUCCUGGUUGCAAACGCUGAUUCACAGGAAGAAAGCUGGAUUGCAAGCACCAGAUAACGCCUCCACCAAAGCCGCAAUGCAGCCCUCUGAUUGUACCUGAAAGUUCGUCAAGCGUGACGGUUUUGCUGGUAGCACCAGUUCCAAGGAGAAAAUAAACCGUAUUCAAAUAAACGAAAAAUGUGUUUGUUUUUUUGCAUGUAUGUAGUUGAUCUUGACUGCAUCAGCAUCACAACAGCAAGCGCGGCAACAUCUUGGGUUUCGACUUGGCUCUUCGACAAUUUUGUUUCAUUCCUUCCUUGCACUGACACUUCGACGAUUGGCGAUUGCGAUUGCGAACAAAAUCCUGACAACUCGGUCGGAACCUAUGAAGGGCAGCUGGAACGACGUUCGUGGUACUCCAUUCAAGGGGUCUUCGCCUACUUUUGCACCUUCGUGAUGUUCCUUGUCCUUUAUUACCUCAUCGUCUCCCCUUGCCUCGCUGGUGUGCAUCGCUUGCGGGGCCUCCUCUGCCGGGCGAAAAAUGACCGGGAGGCAGAGGAGGAAGAGAACAUCACAAAAAACCUCCCGGAAGAAGCGGAAGACGAUCAACACGAUCCUGCCGGCAGUGCAUCUGUUGCAGUGGAGUCGCCUGUUUCCGCAACCAAGACCCAUUCACUCACUGCCACUGCUGGCACAGCAGAAACUGUUGUUGCCCAAGAUAAGGAAGCCGAUGUUGUUCCUGCUACUGGACUUGCAGAUGGUGACGACCGUGUUGUAAACCGUGUUCUUGUGGCCCCGAAGGAGGAAGAGCAAGAUGACGCGACAAGCACGACGCGAGCCGCGGAAGUCGAAGUUGAAGAACAAGUUGAAGCUCCACCCGUAAAAAUAAAACUAGCAGAGCGGGAGCCACGACGAAACAAAGGCGGGGUACCGGCGCAACCUGAUGUCCGUGGCGAUGAGGAACCAGAACAAUCUUCGAGGAGAAGUGAGAACAAUACAACUCGUACCCAGAAGAUGAAACAGGCGUCAGCAGACAUGCGCAGCACUCGCACAAGAACUACCGAGCAGGAAAACACAAAACAAAAACGGACAUCCACGACCAACCCGGAGGACGUUGGGCCACCUACUUCUACGGCAAUUCAUCCAUGCAGCCUGUUGCCGGACGAAGACGAGGAUGAUUCGCUGCCGCGGAAAGUAGAGAUGAAGGAACAUGAGAACAACAUGACGAACACCAUUGAUCAUGUUCCACAAGGUCACAGUCCUACCGCCGGGACCUCUCCGAAGAAGUCUGCCGCCGCGAAGAACAAGCUUCAUGUUCUGGCAGUGGAUCAUGCGCCUCUUGUUCGUCAAGCAGGAGUAGAUACUGCAUUUCCAUCUGCUGCGAAUAUGGACGGUACGUCAGAGGCUGUUCUUUCCCUUGGUGAAGAUCAAGCCGACGUCGACGGGCUUGUUGCUGCUGUUGACGGGAGCCUACUAGAUGCACAAAGCCGCGCUCUUUCGCUCCGGGUGGGUGAUGUAGAUAAAAACAAGACGGGGGCAGUUAAUCAAGAGAGUCAAGGUGUGAAGGAGCGGGACCAGGAGAAGAAGACGGUGGCAGGUCGUCAAGCAUCUCCUCCACCUUCCGCCGCGUCGCCUUCUAUCAGCACCUUGCUCGCCGAGGACGAGGAUUCUCUGCCGCAACGCACACUUCUGUUGAAGAACUCUCGUCAGGCCGCCGCAAGUGACACGGAAGCGGAAGAUGAGGAGCAGGUCACGUUGCAAGCGGCCCUGGACAACGCUGCCGGACGGUCGCUGGUGGGCAGGCUCUGGGGCUUCUUUCUAAGCGGUUCUUCUUCAUCUUAACCGCAGUGAGCUGAAGAUUCCAAGAGGGACGAUUUUACUGCUCAGAAGUAAAAUCAGCGGCCUCUGGGACGCGGCGAGAUAAAGAUUGUAUUUCCUAUCGUUCCACGGAAAGCAACCAGCCCCAGGUGCAAUGAAUAUUUCCUACGCUUUUGAAAGGAUGAAAGACAAAACGUUCGAAGAUUUGAUUCCACUACUAAAUGCAUUUCUAAGUCCAAAUGAGUAUGACACCAAGACGAAAUUUUGCUUUACUUUUUUCUCUUUCAGUUUGACUUUCAUUUUUCUUGCCCUGGGAACCCCAGACAGCCCCCAGCUACUUUUGAGAUUUUCAUGCUUUUUUUCAAUCAGGCACCAGUACAUGAACAAGAACAUUUUUUUUUCCAUCAACAGUACACUACGCAUAAGUAAGCAGAAGUAUCUUUAUUCAUUCACCGUAUACAUUCUAUAAGCACUCGCAUUCCUUUUUAAUUUCAAAUUACACAUGACUAAUUCAGCACAUGCACGAAAAAGACUAGCACUUAUCCGUCAACAAGGCCACAACGAAACCAAAAGUAAACCGCUUGUAUCAUAUUUCCGAGGAAUGAUUCAAAAUCAAGUUGUUCGAAUUCUGUAUCUGUUCUGCUAAAUUUUCUAUUCGGAGAAGAUCGAGAAGUGAAGCAGUAUGCAGGUGCAAAAAAAUGGGUUUGGAUUAUGUGUUUAUUUUGGUGUUCAGAUCA